CUGACGCACACGAGGGAUGGAAAACGCAGGGGCGCCACGGCGAUCGGACGAAGAGCGACUUCAGCGACGCCGGGAACGAUGUAAGAUCAACCAGCGCAAGUAUCGAGCCAACCUACGCGUCUCUAAGAACCUGGAGCGCCUCGAUAUGGAGGAACUUGGCCGUGUGAAUCAGCGGUUAGAAGGCCACAUAGACGCCAUUGAUCGACUAGGACUGUGGUGCCACGCGGAAGAACAGUCGCUUCUGGAGUAUCUACGAUUGUUUGAGCAUGGGUACUCGCGAUCGGAGCGGCAGGACGCGUUCCUGCGCUUCUUCGUCGACCCGGAUGGAUGGUGCAACGAUCAGAGAGGCGUGGAAGUCGUGAGGUCGAUGUGGACAUCCUACAUGUCCUCGUUUACCUAUCUCCACAUCGAGUGUGCACGGAUCACACCAUUGCUCAACACCCGUGACGGCGCGUUGGUGGAACUCCAUUGCUCGGCCGAGCUGGGCAUGAAUAUGGUAACCAUCCAAACGAUUUUCCCUCAAGUUAUGUGUCGGCCAGACUUGGUGGCCACAAUGUUGCGCACGCCGUUGCUGCUACCCGUCCAUACUACGUAUUUGUUUAACCAACACAAACAAGUUACGUGGCAAGCCUCCAACGCGAAUGUGGUCGAAGCACUGCUUCAUCAGUUUGGCAACCUGGACGAUGUGGCAGUGGCCGCAGCCAAAACAGCCAUCCAGCCGAACGCUACGCUGCUUGAAGGACCCGAUAGCGUCAAACGAAGCUAAUAUCACGCGCUGGCCACGGUGAAGGUCAGAUUCAACCAAAGGCAUUGGGGCCCUUGACGUGCUUGUGCUGGCUGUGCACGACGCCGGCGAGCCCGUGUGUGAUGCCGUCAUUUGCUGACCGGAUGCACGACGUCCGACGACAUUUGACGUCCGUUAUCGCGUUCGUUAUCCCGUUCGUUAUUGCAUUCGGUCUCGUUUCGUAAACGUUUGCAAACACUUGGACGUCGUUUCACAGCCACAAGGAUGGACGGGCUUUGCACGACCUGGACCACUCACCCCGACGUCAGGAUGGACUCGGCGCAGGCAUUUGCUGGCCAUGGAUGGUAUGGGUCCCCCGCGGCGAAUGGUGUGUACCCGUGGGUCGUGUUGACCCAAACUCAGCGGGCCACUUGCUGUUUGCAUUACCGAGGAUGUCACGUUCGCCGUGUUCGACGGCAUGGUGCCGCUUCUGUUCGUUUCCGUCACGGACACGAGCCAGUGUCCGAGUCAAGACGAAUGAAAUACCCUUCGACACAAGGUGCGGUGCCAC